AUGGAGACCCAUGGAAGAGAUACCAUCCUCAGUUCGAGACAAUUAACGGCAACUCGCCGGAGAAUAAUUUUGUUUCCCCUACCAUUCCAAGGUCACAUCAAUCCCAUGCUUCAGUUAGCAAACAUUCUUCACAACCAAGGUUUUGAAAUAACCAUCAUACACGCCGAAUACAACUCCCCCAUUCAUUCCAACUAUCCUCACUUCACCUUUAAGUCCAUCUCGGACCGAUUUUUUGAGUUGGCAACGAAAGUAGACGCCGGCGUCAUCAUCCAGUAUCUUAACAGAAGCUGUGAAGAUCCAUUUCGGGAUUGUUUGACUGGGUUAUUGGCAGAAUAUGGUGAGGGAUCGGUUUCUUGUCUAAUAACAGAUGCCGGAUUCCACUUCACGCAAGCGGUGGCGGAUUCCGUUAAGCUCCCUCGGAUGGUGCUCCGGACAAGCAGUCUGGGUUGCGUCCUUGCUUAUGUCGCUUUACCCUUUUCCUCUGAAAGUGGUUAUUUUAACCUUACGAAAGAAGAUUCAAAUUAUGAGACAUCGGUGCCGGAAUUUCCACUUAUGAAAGUCAAAGACAUCGUAAAGAUGACCAACAACCCAGAAUCUAUGGGAGAAUUUGUCUCCGACAUGCUUCACCAGAUGAAGGCAUCAUCAGGGAUCAUUUGGAACGCCUUCAAAGAACUCGAAGAAUCUGCACUAGAAACCAUCUCCCAUGAUUUUUCAAUUCCGAGCUUUACCUUAGGCCCUUUCCACAAGUACUUCCCGGCGUCCUCAAGCAGCUUGAUCGAACAAGACCGAAGCGUUCUCUCAUGGCUAGACAACCAAGCCCCUAAGUCUGAUAUACAUAAGUUUUGGGAGUGUUGCACUUAUAACCGAGUCAGAGUUUCAAGAAGUGGCCCAUGGGCUGGUGAAUAUCGGCAUACCAUUUUUGUGGGUGGUUAG